AUGGUUUCCACCAUCUGUCUGGACAUUGACUGUGCUGAUGAAUAUGUGUGCAAUACCACAGCCUGUGCCUUUUCUGUUGUCGCACCUGCACUAGGCAUCCCAACAUUGCUUCCCUUCCUCAAGGCCAUUUGUCAUAGCCAGAAGUUGUGGCAGGCUCAUUGUGCGGGUGUCCAUAUCAUUCAGCAGAUUGCCAUCAUGAUGGGCUGUGCCAUCCUUCCUCACUUGUGCAGCCUUGUCAGCUGUGUUGCUCGUGGUCUCACAGACAAAUGGCAGAAAGUGCAGACAGUGACUGCACUUGCUACUGCUGCCCUAGCUGAAGUGGCUGCACCCUAUAGAAUCGAGUCUUCUGAUGAGGUUCUAUGGCCACUGUGGCUCAGUAUUCACCAGCAUCGCAGAAAGGGACUUGCUGCCUUCUUGAAGGUGAUUGGUUUCAUCAUUCCUCUCAUGGACCCAGAAUAUGCUUUGUACUACAUGAAGGAGGUCAUGGUCAUCUUGAUCCACAAAUUCCAGAUGUUGGAUGAAGAGAUGAAGAAGAUUGUCUUGAUGGUCAUUAAGCAAUGCACUGCCACCAAUGGUGUAACUGCUCAAUACAUUAAGCAGGACAUUCCUCCAGACUUCUUCAAGUUGUUCUGGAUCGCAGGGAGGAUCAUGAAUGAGUUGAAAGAUGAAGCAGAGCUGUACUGUAAAAUGGUCAUGGAGACUAUCACAAAAGUUGUUGCCACUCUCAGUGACUCUGAUAUUGACAAACAUUUGGAGGUCUGUCUGGUCGAUGGCAUUGCAUGCUCCUUCCAGGAGCAGACUAUGGAAGGCCAAGUCAUGCUGGAUGGGUUCAGCACUGUUAUUGACACUCUGGCAUUGAACAACAAAUGUGCCAAAGUUUGUCAACAGACUGCUGAUCUCACCACACAACUCACUAUCAUCAUCAUCAAGCAAUGUGAUGAGGACCAGCUUUUGAGCAAGCUUGGACUUGUCUUGUUUGAACAACUCAGAGAGGAGUACCCUGGCAUGCUCGAUAGUAUCAUUGCCACUGAGGGUGCUAUCACAAAUGUGGUCAUUCCUCGAAUGACCCCCAUUCUUCAUAGCCAUCACAAGAAGGCCCAAGAGGCAUCUAUGAACUUGAUUGGUCAUAUCAUGGAUUGUGGUGCCGAGUUCAUUCCAGCCCAAGAAUGGAUGGGUAUCUGCUUCGAGUCAUUGGAUCUCUUGAAAGCCCACAAGCAAGCUGUUUGUCAUGCUGCUGUGGACUCAUUCAGAUACAUCACAAAGAGCUUGGGUCCUCAAGAUGUGCUGCUCUUGCUUCCAGUUCCCCUGUGUGCAGUAUGGUUGCGAUUGCCAUCUGGGCAUGAGCCCUCAACAAAUACAGGACAGCUGAGUCAAACAUCUGUGCUGGACAUCUCAACACACUGA